AUGCCUUCCGCAGAGUCAGGACCCAGAACCCUAUAUGACAAGGUCUUCAGCGACCACGUCGUUAACGAGCAAGAAGAUGGCACCUGCUUGAUCUAUAUCGACCGCCACCUUGUGCACGAGGUCACAUCGCCCCAGGCCUUCGAGGGCCUCAAGAACGCCAGCCGUAAGGUCCGCCGGCCGGACUGCACUUUGGUUACAGUUGAUCACAAUAUUCCCACCACUUCACGGAAAAACUUCAAGAAUGCCGCCGAUUUCAUCAAAGAGAAUGACUCUCGUCUCCAAUGUACAACUCUGGAGGAGAACGUGAAGGAUUUCGGCCUCACCUACUUCGGCAUGGGCGACAAGCGCCAGGGUAUUGUUCACAUCAUUGGCCCCGAGCAGGGUUUCACUCUGCCCGGCACAACUGUUGUCUGCGGUGACAGCCACACCUCCACACACGGUGCCUUUGGUGCCCUCGCAUUCGGUAUCGGAACCAGUGAAGUCGAACACGUCCUCGCGACCCAGACCCUGAUCACCCGCCGCAGCAAGAACAUGCGCAUCCAGGUCGAUGGUGAGCUCCCCGCUGGCGUCACCAGUAAGGAUGUCGUCCUCCACAUCAUCGGUGUCAUUGGCACUGCCGGCGGCAACGGUGCUGUUAUCGAGUUCUGCGGAUCCGUCAUCCGUGGACUGAGCAUGGAGGCUCGUAUGUCCAUGUGCAACAUGUCCAUUGAGGGCGGUGCGCGUGCCGGUAUGGUUGCACCUGACGAGGUAACCUUCGAGUACCUCAAGGGUCGUCCCCUAGCCCCUAAGUACGGCAGCGCCGAGUGGAACAAGGCCGUCAGCUACUGGUCCAGCCUGAAGACAGACGAGGGAGCCAAGUUCGAUAGCGAGGUCUUCAUUGAUGGCAAGGAUAUCAUUCCCACCAUCUCCUGGGGUACCUCUCCCCAGGACGUUGUCCCCAUCUCUGGUGUCGUCCCUGGCCCGGAUGACUUUGAGGAUGAGAACCGCAAGGCCUCUUGCAAGCGGGCCCUCGAGUACAUGGGUCUCGUCCCUGGAACACCCAUGAAGGAUGUCGUGGUUGACAAGGUCUUCAUUGGAUCUUGCACAAACGCUCGUAUCGAGGAUCUGCGUGCGGCAGCCAAGGUGGUUAAGGGCCGUAAGGUUGCCGCCAACAUCAAGCGGGCCAUGAUCGUCCCUGGAUCCGGUCUUGUCAAGGAGCAGGCUGAAUCCGAGGGUCUCGACAAGGUCUUCACUGAUGCCGGUUUCGAAUGGCGCGAGGCGGGAUGUUCCAUGUGCCUCGGUAUGAACCCUGAUAUCUUGAGCCCCAAGGAGCGCUGUGCUAGUACCUCGAACCGUAACUUCGAGGGUCGCCAGGGUGCCCAAGGCCGUACCCAUCUUAUGUCACCCGCCAUGGCUGCCACCGCUGCCAUUGUUGGAAAACUUGCGGAUGUCCGUGAGCACGUUGUUGCCAGCCCUGUUGUUAGAAAGGCCUCGCCUAAGAUCGACGUCCAGCAGCCCGUGGCUGAUUCCCCCCAGACUGAGGAUGACUUCGACCGUCGGCGCCGGCAAGAGCACCGGUCUCCCCCCUUCACCACCCUGAAGGGUAUUGCGGCCCCUCUCGAGCGCGCCAACGUUGACACCGAUGCCAUCAUUCCCAAGCAGUUCCUCAAGACCAUCAAGCGCACAGGUCUUGGCACCGCGCUGUUCUACGAGCUCCGCUACACCGAUGACAAGGAAAACCCCGACUUCGUCCUGAACCAGGGUGUCUACCGCAACUCCAAGAUCUUGGUUGUUACCGGUCCCAACUUUGGAUGCGGUAGCUCCCGCGAGCACGCCCCUUGGGCUCUGCUGGACUUUGGUAUCAAGUGCAUCAUUGCCCCCUCUUUCGCCGACAUCUUCUUCAACAACACCUUCAAGAACGGCAUGCUCCCCGUCGUCGUCUCUGACGAGGUUGCUCUGCAAAAGAUCGCCGAUGAGGCCCGCGCUGGCCGUGAGGUCGAGGUCGACCUGAUCAACCAGGAAAUCAAGGAUGCACAGGGUAACAAGAUCGUUGCCUUUGAGGUCGAAGAGUUCCGCAAGCACUGCCUUGUCAACGGCCUCGAUGAUAUCGGUCUCACCCUCCAGAUGGAGUCGAAAAUUCGCACUUUCGAAGCCAAGCGUACCCUUGACACCCCUUGGUUGGACGGCAGUGGCUAUCUCCGCCGUGAUCGCCGUGGUGCGACCAUGGUUGAGGCCGCUCCUGUUCCCAAGACCAACCGCGGUGAAGUGACCAACGAGCCUCUUGAGUGGUAA